GUAAUGGAUUAAUCGUCCAUAAUUGAUGAAUCAGAAUAGUCUCUAGAGUAAUCCAGAAGAGUUGAACCAACUGUAUCUGAUAAAAUGAAAAGAACUGAAUCAGCUGCACUCAAAUAAAAAAUUAUUGGGUAGAUAAUGUUCAUGCAUUAAAGUUAAGUUUCAUUCGUGAUGUGUAACAAAGCAAACUUUCAGUUGAUUCAUUACCUAAUACUAUUUAACAAAAAAUAAGUGACUUUGAAGAUGAAUUUUAAGACUUAUGGAAAGAAUCUGAUGAAUAUUUAAGAGAAAAUGGAGAAGCCAUUGAAAAACUUGUCAUGAAACCACUUUGUUCUAAGUAUAUGCAUCGAUCUUCGAUUUUAGAUUAAUCUCCAUAGAUCCUGUUAAGGAUAGAGAAAUUGAAUUUUAAAUGAAAGCAUAUUCAUUUGUUUAAGCUAAACAUCUUGAAAUUGAUGAAAAUAUUGAAAAACAUAAAAUGUUUAAUUCAGUUGUCGAAUGUAUAUUAUUAAUAUAUUUUUAGUAAUCUCUAAAAUUGAUAAAGUAGAAACUCCAAGAGAAAAGCUUAAUUGUAUUGUUAAUGCAGGUAAAUAAACAAGUGGUAAUUUAUACAUCUCUAUUCUAUAGCUAUUGUUAAUUAAAUGGCUAAUAAUUAACCAACUGGUGCUGAUAAUCUUUUACCUGUUUUAAUUUAUGCUACUCUCAAAGCAUAACCAUAAAAAGCUUAUUCUAAUAUUUUAUUUGUGAGUUAUUAUAGAUCACCUAAAAGAAUAACUGGAGAGGAUGAAUAUUAUUUUACUACUUAUGAAUCAACUCUAUAAUUUAUAGAAAAAAUUGAUUAUCAUAAAUUAAAUAUCAAUCCUUAAGAAUUUUAAGAACUUAGCAAAGAACGUUUAGAUACAAUUAAAAAUUCUUCUAAUGUAAUCCAAUUUUAUCAUAUUACUAUAGGAAUUAUCUCAAAAUGGAGUUUUUAAUAUGGAUGCACAUCAAAAUUAUGUCAAUUUAUAAAUGAUUAAAAUGAAAAUCUAAGAUCUUCAACGUAAAUCUAAAUUUUAUGAAUAAUCUAAAAAAUAUAGAUUAAAAUUCAAUUAGAAAUAGUUAAAUGUAUAAUCAUAAAUUAUAUUUUUUAGAAUAUUACUUUGAAUGAAAUCCCUGACUUUUACGAUGAAUAUUAAAAUCUAUACAAGAAUUUGAUUGAAAUGUAAAAAGAUAUUCAUAAUCUUUAUGAUCUGACAAAUGAAAUAAUUAAAGAAAGCCAAAGUGAAACUAAAAAGACAGCGACUAGAAAAUUCUUUGGAAUUCUUUGA